AUGUUGCAGAACGAUGUUGAGAAUUCCAAGUAUAAGACCGAGUUCUUUGAGAAGAUGAUUCAACACCAGCAUACAUUGGGUAGGUCAAAGUAUGUGGCAUCUUAUAUUCUUAAUCUUUUAAUACUUUACACAUUAACACAAAGAUUAUUCACUAUGAGUAUACAUGUAUUUUACUUUGCACAUGUAACUUUAUACAAUUAUAUAAAAUUAAUAUAAAUGAAUUAUAAAUGAUUGUUAAUAACUGAUCGUGAUAAUUAAAAACAGAACUAGAUUUCACAUGCAUACCAAAGUUUUUCACAAGUUAAGUAUAACAUUUCAAAUAAUACUUCAUGUAGCCUCUUAAAUAGUUCAAGUAUGCUAAAUAUGCUUGCUACAAUACUGUGUAGAUAAUUGUCUCUAUUUGUUAUGUAGCAAAUUUAUAAAAUAACAUAAUACAAAAUAAAAUAAAUAUACGAACUUUAUAGCUAAAAUCAAUACGUGUUAAUAAACACUAAUAAUAAAUCUUAUUUAAGAUUAUUACAAAAAAAAUGUAAAGAUAUAAAUUAACACUUUUUAAUAAAACAUUUGCACAUACUUCACUAACUGAUUAUUAAACUUAUUUAUGUUUAAGCUUUCAAUACAAAGAACACAAUGCGUGAUCGUCCAUAACUGCAAAAUCACUUAUUUUUGAUGUGAACGUUAAAUAUAAAAGUCUUAUUUAAGAUAAGGAACGCUUUAAAUCAUUGAAGUGAUAACACGUAUUUAUUCAACUACAAAAUUAACCAAUACAUAGAAAACUUCAUAAACGUAUGUAUAUACAGGUAAUUAAUCCAUCAAAUAUCAUGGAUUGUGAACAAAUAUAUACAUAAUUAAACAUGUAAUGUGUAUUUAUUUUUAUUUCUUUCUGAAAAUUAUAGCAGUAUCAAUUAAUAUUUUAUAGAGCAAUAAAAUAUUUGACUGAUAACUGAUAACUAACUUUUCUUCUUUUUAUAGAUAUGGUGGCGCUUUUAGUCACCGUGUAAAGCGGUUAACCUUCGUCUAUCGUUAAAUAGAAAAAUGUUAAAAAAUUGUAUCAAAGCUUUUACUUGUAAUAUGUGACUACUUGACACAUUUAAAGUAUUGUAUAUUAAAUUUGUACGUGCAUUUGUAAAUAUGUACAUAUUCGUGAUCAAUUAAGGUAAAAAUAUUAAGGUAUCAAAUAUAUAUUAAACAUAUGUACAUACGUAUAUUAUAAUAACUAUAUAUUUAAAUUUAUUUGUAUGUAUAUUAUAGAUUAAUGGAAUUUAGUUAGAGAAUAAAUGUUAUAUAUUCAUAAUAUUUGAAUUUUAAAAGUUGCUAAAAUGUUACGAAGACGAAAUGUUAAUAUUAAAACUGUCAAAGAACUGGAUGCAUUUCCUAAAGUUCCUGAACCAUAUAUAGACAAAACUGCAGUCGGAGGAACAUAUACAGAUAUUGACGCAAAAUUAAAAAUAAAUAUUGAUAUCACGGUUGCUAUGACAUGCGGCCGUAUUAGUGCUGAUGUUUUAGAUUCUACAAAUCAAAAUAUGAUUGGACAUGAUUCAUUGGAACAAGAAGACACAUGGUGGGAAUUAACACAAGAACAGAGAUCUCACUUUGAAGCUUUAAAAGAUAUGAAUUCUUAUUUAAGAGAAGAAUAUCAUGCGAUUCAUGAAUUAUUAUGGAAAUCUAAUCAAAUUACUUUGUAUAGUGAAAUGCCAAAACGGACCCGUCAACCCAGUUAUCCACCAAAUGCAUGUCGCAUCCAUGGCAGUUUAAAUGUUAAUAAAGUUGCUGGAAAUUUUCAUAUAACAGCUGGAAAAUCAUUAUCAUUUCCUAUGGGACAUAUACAUAUUUUAACUUUUAUGACUGAUAAAGACUAUAACUUUACCCAUAGAAUAAAUAAAUUUUCAUUUGGUGGACCUAGUCCAGGUAUUAUUCAUCCAUUAGAGGGAGAUGAAAAAAUUGCAGAUAACAAUAUGAUUUUGUAUCAGUAUUUUGUGGAAGUGGUUCCCACAGAUAUACAGACUCUACUGAGCACUUCCAGGACCUAUCAGUAUAGUGUGAAAGACCAUCAAAGACCAAUUGAUCAUCAAAAAGGAUCUCAUGGAAGACCAGGAAUUUUUUUUAAAUAUGACAUGAGUGCACUUAAAAUAAAAGUUACUCAACAACGUGAUACAGUGUGUCAAUUUUUAGUGAAAUUAUGUGCCACAAUUGGAGGUAUUUUUGUUACAAGCGGAUUGGUGAAAAAUAUUGUACAAAGUUUUUGGUACGUUAUGUGUUGCAAAUUUUUAGCAACUAAGGAAAAUAAAAAUGACCAAAAGUAUUCCAUUUCAUCUACUACCUCAAACUAUCAAACGCCUGGCACAAUAAAUCUUUUGAAUAUUUCAGUACCAGAAAAUGUGGAUAUAAUGUUUAAACCUCAAUAGAUAAUAUUUUUAUUUGAUAAUCAAAUAAUUUUUAAAUAUACAAAAAUGGCAAAUAAUUAUGUUUUUAAUUGUUCUGUAUAUACCAAUAAAAUUAAUAUCAGUUUUGUAUUUAUCAAUUGUGUAUGUUCUCUUUCUUGUCAACUUUUUAUUCUCUAAUUUAUAGAAUUUAUACUCAUCAGUCAUAGAAACUAUAUUAUAUUGUAACAUUAAUUUGUAAGUGAUAUAUUCGUUUUUUUAGUGCAUCUUUAUAUUUACUACAACAAAUUUGGUUAAAGGUAACUAGUGGGAAAAACGUUUUCCCUUCUCUUAAUUUCCACCAAUAGAAUCACUUACUUGGGCAGAGUACACAUGAAAGAAACAAGUAAUCGACUCUGAACCAUAGUUUGAUCGAAAAAUGAUAUUUUAUUUACAUUUGUUAAAUCGAUGCUUCAACGAUUUGUAUUCUACGUAAUAAAAGUACCAGUUGAUUGAAAAUCUUCGUAUGCGCUUGUCAGAAUUAUUCGAAAGAACAGUUUAUUUUAGUGUGGAACGGAAUUGAAUAAACAAAUCGCUUAG